AUGGGUUCAAAUCAGUCAACUAUCGAUUCCUUUGACUUAACAAAUAAAGUCGUUAUAAUUACCGGCUCUACAGAUGGAAUUGGUAAAAGUUUAGCCCGAAUAAUCUCAUCAUAUAAUCCAAAACGCUUAAUACUUCCAGUUCGUAAUCGAGAAAAAGGUAACCUUCUCUUGGAAUAUAUCAGAACAUCUAAGGACGGAAAUGUAGAAUGUGUCGAAUUAUGGGAUGUGGAUAUGGCAGAUCUGCAUAGUGUAAAGAAUUUUGCCGACAAAUUUAUUAAAGAGGUUGGAGAAUUACACUAUUUGUGGAAUAAUGCUGACAAUUUUGAACAACAAUUUCAGGUUAAUCAUCUCUCUCACUUUCUCUUGACUUCACUUCUGAUCCCAACCAUAAAAAACUCUGCCACACCGGAAUCUCCGUGUAAAAUAACUCAUACAAGUUCAAUGGCUGCAAGAUAUGGUAAAAUUGAUUUUGAUAAUCUCCAAGGUGAAAAAUCUAGUAGUUUCUUGGAAUUAUAUUCGAACGCAAAGUUAAUGAACGUUGUAUACAGCAACAAACUUAAUCAUCACUUACAAGGUUCGAACGUUACGUCCACAGCAUGUCAUCCAGGAUUUAUAAAAUCAAAUAUCGGUGGUGAAAGUCUACUUCAACGUUUUGUCAUGAUGUUCGCUAAAUCUCCUGACAUUGGUGCAACCAAUAUAAUGUAUCCCGCUUUAAACCCAAACAUCGAUGAUGGUGGAAAGUAUUUUGAGGAUGCUCAAGAAUUCCAAUUAACUGGUCAAGCAUUGGACAAAGAAUUGGCUAAAAAAUUUUGGGAUAAAUGUGAAGAAUUGUUAAAUGCUUUUGAUGCUAAUCUUUUGAAGUAG